UUGAAUCUGCCGUUGUGUUUGGUUCAUUUAUCUAUCUGGUUCCACAGAUUUUUAUCUGGCAACCAGUGUAAAAACUAAAAAUAUACCCCGAUCGAUAUAUUUCACGUUUUGUUAUCUUGUGCACAGACAGCGACAGCAAUGUGAACUCUUUGUAGAUUUUAUUUGCAUAUUUGUAUUUUAAAAUUCUUUAAUGUUUUUUGGAGUCAACGUCUGACAAUCAUGCAAGUCUUGCCUGAGAUAGAUUAAGAAGUACACAACGGAGACAGAAGCCCUUAACAUGUAAACAGCUUUAUUUGUUAACCGGCAGACGGAAGUGACGAGAGGCACAAAGAGAAUUAAAGAUUUAAAAAACUUAACCAAGGAUGACGUCAUACUACGGUAUCGGCAUUAUGUCUGGGACUUCUCUAGAUGGCCUUGACCUGUGUUUUGCUGAGUUUACAGGCGACCCAGAGACGGAUAUCUGGGGCUACCGCAUCGAGCAGGCUGUGACCGUCAGCUACAGCAGCAACAUGCAGGAGAGGCUAGGGAAGGCCACAACUAUGGCGGGCAUUGAUCUGGUCAAACUUCAGAUAGACUACAGCCACUUUGUGGGGCAAUGUGUAGAGAAGUUUAUCGAGAAAAACAACUUACACCCAGACUUCGUCUCCUCCCACGGCCACACAGUGUUUCAUCAACCAGACAAGGGGCUGACCUUUCAGAUAGGAGAUGGAGAAAUUAUAUCAACUUAUAUCAGAUGUCCAUUUGUUUGUAACUUUCGGUCCAAAGAUGUUUCUCUCGGAGGUCAAGGGGCGCCACUGGUGCCGUGUGGAGAAAAAUAUUUGUUUCAACAAACUGACCUGUGCAUUAAUCUAGGGGGGAUAGCUAAUGCUGGCUGUAAGGGUGACAGUGGUUUUGACAUCUGUUGCUGUAACAUGGUGCUGAACCACCUAGCCAAGUGCCACAACCCAGACCUGAGCUACGAUGAUGGUGGACAGCUGGCAGCCACUGGACAAGUCAUCCCAGAACUGUUGGAGAAACUUGACCAGCUGGACUAUUAUAAACAGACAGGACCUCGCUCCCUGGGGUUUGAGUGGGCAUCAAGCAAAGUUUUUCCUCUGCUUAAUAAAGAGAAAUAUGCCAUCCCUGACUUGUUGCGAACAUACACUGAGCACAUCACAGACCAUGUGACCAGCUGUUGUGUCAAGGCCAUCAACAAAGCCCAGGGCUCCGUGUUGGUCACAGGGGGCGGGGCUUUUAACACAACUCUCAUGCUGGAUCUAAAGGGGAAGCUUGGCAGGCACAACAUAAAGAUUGUGGAGACAGAUGAUGAGCUGGUGGAAUACAAAGAGGCGCUGAUCUUUGCUUUCCUUGGUCUGAGGUCCCUGCUCAACAUGGAGAAUGUGUUCAGCUCUGUGACUGGCAGCAAGACAGACACAGUGUCCGGCAGCAUCCACCAUGGCACCCUGUGCAACAACAAGCCCAGUCUACAGGACCGCUUCAACUUCAUGAUUAGAAAGAAAAGUUUGGGGGUCAAUGAACUGAGAAUCAUUCGGGAAAAAUGAAAAAAAGUUUGCUGUGAAUUUCAUCUCAUUCAAGGAAAGUGAAAAUAGCAUUUUCUGUGAAUUUCACCUCUGGGUCAAAGUUAAAUUUCUGCGUUAACUUCCUGAAUUUUUUCAUGGUUACAAAUCUUUGUUUUACAAAGAUUUUCUCAGUUUGAAACCAUUCAUUGACAUGACUAAAUAAUAUAAAUAUACUUGGAGAACCCACAGCAUGAAGUAACACUGCAAGGGUACACCAGUAACAUUUAUCUCAUUUAAUUUUAGCAGUAACAAAUAUCUUAACUUAAUUUGUUACUAUCCAUUUUCACUAAGAAGAGUGUAUUGAUAUUAAUGUAGAAAACUGUAAAUAUUUUAAUGAAUCAAUUUUUCAAGUGAUGUUUUAAAAAUGUAUCAUCUUGUACUGCCUACAGCCUGAUGUAAAUCAAGGUAUAAUCAAGACUUUUAAAAAGUGUUAAGUUGCUGUAAAAAAUUGUGCUUAGAUCAGAUCAUUAUUUGCUAUUGGAGUGCGAAAAAAUCUUACAAAUAUUUUCCUGCAUCCUGGUGCAGAGAUCUUGGUUACUUGUCAGGGGAGAGAGUUUCCUGUGCUAACUAUUUGAGCCAUGUCUAGAUCUCUUUAAAGUCAGAAGCUGAGUAAAAAUGUAUAUUGACAAAAACGUUGUUUUUUAAUAAUUUAAAAAAAAAUAUCCUCUAAUUUUAAUUACUGUUUCCACACAGAUGGUUUUAAAUUGAAUGGUUCAGCCAGAAAUGUAAGGCUGGCCGGAGUUUUGACCACUUCACUUUUAUCUGUUUACA